ACUGAACAGGGUCUACAGAUGGAAAUAAACACUGCUAGUUCAAACACAACAUAACCACAUCUAGAAAUACUACUACAGAACCACAAGGACUACAGUGAAGUCAUACUGUAAGUGAAGCAGCAGACAUGGACAAGCAGACAUUUGUCACAUUACUAAAUUGCAUGGAGAAAGCCUCUUCCUUCGCCGCCACCAUCAACCCACUCUUUUACACAGUCACUGCAGUGGUGAAGGUGACAAAGGGCCUGGUCGCCAAAGACCUCACCCAAGAACAGAACGCCAAAGAAUUCGACCAAAUCCACGCCACGCUGGAAAGAAUCUCCAAGGCAAACCAGCAGAUUCUGAAGCAGAGUCAACUGGACGAGGUCAAUGAGAAGUACGGCAAGUAUGAAGAGUAUAUCAAGCACCAAUACACCGCCUUCAACACCAUGGUGGAACAGAUCCAAAAAGACCCUGAGGGAAGAGAGGGAUACAUGGCAGAGUUCAAGAGGAUCUAUGAGAGAGACCAGAGUGACCUUUCUCUAAAAACGUACUACGAAGGUGUCAUAGAAGAGGAGAAAACUUUUGAACAAAGAGGUCUGCUGAAAGUGUACAUUGAGCACUACAAGCAAAACCGAGACGUCAUGGAGAAAAAGUGUUCCCAACUGGCUAAUGUCUUUCAAAUGGGCCUGAUGACACUAAUGGCAUAUACGGUGGUCACAGAGGAUGAUGAGGUUGAAGUCAGGGAGAAAUGGUCCCCCAGGGUGGAGAAGAUUCAGGCCAAGAUGAUUGAUGCGCUGGCCCAGUGUGAAGGGAACUGAUCCUCAUCCACUCCCAGGGUCAGGUUGGCAUGAGAGCUUUAAGGUUAAAGGUUUUUGGAGACUACUAGUAGUCUUCUUUCAAUUUUAAAAUAAUAGUAAUUUCCUUUUGGGUGGUGGGCAAUUCCUUUGUCAAUGAAUGGAAUGAAUUAAAUCUAGAUAUUAGAAUUUUUUGCAAUGAGCAGUGUUGCAAUUCAGUCCUUAUGUUUUCUAUUUUCCACUGCCAACUGUCAAGUUUACUUUCAGAAAUGAGUCUGAAUGCAUGCUUUAUG